AUGGGAGAAGGAGUGGGAGACGAAGAGAGAGAAGAUGGUUGCUUAGCAGCGGAAGCUGGGGAUCGAGAAGCGGAGGGAGAGCUUAGGCUUGAAAUGGAGCUAGGAUACCGGUAUUUUUCCCUACCUGGAUCCGAGUCUUUCUCUUCUCCUGGACCGAGCACCGAGACCGAGGAAAGAGAGGCUGGAUACGAGUCUGAUGAGAUCAGAGCCAGUGAAGAGAAGAGGGAAGGCUGA